AUGCUAUCGCACUUCGAGGCUGACAAAGAAACCAUUGUCCAGGCAGACGCCUCUGAUUACGGUUUAGGCGGAGUGCUCCUUCAGAAGGACGCAGAUGGGAGAGUACAGCCAAUCAUGCAUGCCGCCAGGUCACUGACGAAGGCUGAACGGAAUUAUAGCCAGAUUGAAAAGGAGGCACUGGCCAUUAUCUUCGCCGUACAGAGAUUCCACCUGUUUAUUUAUGGCAGACCCUUCACACUGCACACUGAUCAUCAACCACUGAAGUUCCUUUUGGGUACUAACUGUGGUGUUCCCCAGAACGUAGCUAGGAGAAUACAACGUUGGAGUACUAUUCUUCAAAACUAUGACUUUCAGAUCCAAUAUGUGCCUACUCAGAAGUUUGGAGCUCCGGACGCUUUAUCACGACUGAGUACAAGCAACGAAAAUCAAAAAGACGUGGUUGUCGCCAGUACGCUAAUGCAAGAUGAUGACGAGUUUAGAGGUGUCAUCCGACAGUUGCCGCUCACAGCCGAGCACAUCAGGGCCACCACUACAGCAGACCCACUUUUGCGCCAGGUGAAAGAGUUUAUUCGGAACGGUUGGCCCAGCGACGACAAAGUACACCCAUCCAUAAAGCCUUUCAGGAACAGAAAGGAACAGUUGUAUAUCACGGAAGACUGCAUAAUGUACGAUGGUAAAGUGGUGAUUCCAACAAGAUAUCAGCAACAAGUUUUGCGGGAGCUCCAUGCCGGACAUCAGGGCAUGACCCGCAUGAAACAACUGGCCCGCAAGUACGUAUAUUGGCCGGGAAUUGAUAACGACGUGGAAUCUUUUGUUCGAAGCUGCGGCCCGUGUGGACGUGAGGCUAAGAACCCACCGAAAGUACCGCCCGUGCCAUGGCCAGAGGUAACGAGACCUUGGAGUAGAGUCCAUAUGGACUUUGCGGGUCCGUUUUUCAACCGAAUGUUUCUAAUUGUUGUCGAUGCAUGGUCAAAGUGGCUAGAAGUUUUCGACGUCUCGGCAGCUACUGCUGAUAUCACGGCAAGGAAGACGGAAGAACUAAUAGCGAGAUACGGCAUCCCCACGGAGAUUGUGACAGAUAACGGCACUCAGUUCACGUCAUCAAUCUUCCAACAACUGUGUCAGAAAUGGGGAAUUCGACAUGUGACGUCACCACCAUUCCAUCCACAAUCAAAUGGCCAGGCAGAACGGUUCGUCGACACGUUCAAGAGAGCGAUGAAAAAGAUGUGGAACACUGGUGUUAAACUGGAGUAUCUCAACACAUUCCUCUUUGCCUAUCGAACAACUCCAAAAAGUGAUCUUGGGGGCCAGACACCAGCCGAACGGUUUUUGGGACGACAGCCGGAUACGCGAUUACAGUACCUACAACCGGAAGCUCGAGUUCCACGAACAACAAAAUAUUACUUUCGCGAGGGAGAGGAGGUGUUUGCUCGCAACUACAAAGCCGGAGAGAAGCCCUGGAUAGAAGGUAUAAUAAGAAAAUCCAGAGGUGUUGUGUUCGAGGUGGAGACAGCAGCUGGAAAAAUAAAGAGGCAUGCAAAUCAGCUCAGGACUAGACACACCAAAGACAGUCAAAUGGCACUCGACUUGCUGUGUGAUACCUUUGAGGUUCCAACCCCCACGGUAGACAGUCAGACAACAUUACCCGUCGUUCGUAGAAGUAGCAGAAGAACGCAACCGCCAAGGAAACUGGUCUUGGAUCCGAAGAAGAAGAGGUACGAGGUCCAACUUUCAAAAGCGGGAGGUGUUAUGGAGAGCGAAAGCGGCGUAGAGCCACGGCCUAAGGCGCCAGACAAAGGACCAAGUCGGCGACGUGAGUCACGCGCGAAGUUAGACAACCGACCUGCGCGCACUGCAGCGCCGAGCACGCGUGGUGGCUUUGCUCACGUGUGCGGCCCAAUCAAUGGAUGGCCGAACAUUCCAGAAGUUUCCGCGGCGGGGUCAUCGCGCACGCGGUGGCCAAUCAGCGACCAGCACGCUCGGGACAGGAACAUUCUAGAACGCCCUCUAUGACUGGCACGUCAUUGGACGGAAUGUUCCAGAACACACGGGAGCCAAUAAAUAGCACACUUUCUUACGAGUUAGGACUCCCUCCUGUCCGCAAGUUCCAAUAAAGUGCUUGUCCUCCGAACCGGCUCUCUUCCUGUCCUACCUUCCUACCGGGUCAUAACACGAGUAUUCGAAUGACACGUUUAAAAAUAAUAUGAUCUUUUUUAAGUAAAGCUGGAAAAAUAACUGGAUAACAAUAAAGAGUGAGUGGAAGAAUACAGCCAUCUAUGAAUCGCCAGAUUAAGGACUGGGGGGUGUGAUAUGAACGUAGACGACGAAUGUAAUAAACAAGUAUUUUGAAUUUUUGUUAAAAGGGUUUUUAUAUGAAGAGAGAAAGAGAGAUUUGAGGACACAGUAACACCUAGAUACCGGCGUACUUAUAUAGACAACAAAUACGUUUGAGACAUAUUCAGGAUAUGACAGCGAAUUAAAAUCAAUCACCUCUCUACAAAGUACAUCUUAACUACCGUUGGCUCACGACAGACGUCGCCUCAUUGAUUGUAUCCCUGAUUAACCUAUCCAAUUAAAUGAUCUUUCAAAGGCUGGAAAAUAAGUUUGAUCGUCUCUACCAAAAGCUGAUAGGUGCUUUUCCAUUGAUAUGACUUUCUGACAAACAAAUCCUAGCUCCUUAUUUCUAAUUCUCCGGUUCACGAGACAUCAUAAAGAAUAUCUACAGAAAUGCUGUAAGAAUUGUAAUAAUUUCCACUUAAAGAUGCGGCUAUUGUGCUGCAAGCAAAUGGACUUUGUCCAGGAAUGGUUUUAACAACGCCUUUGGGCGCUGCGACAAUGAGAAUCUUCCUGGUUCGAGUUACAUUAUCUCAGGAAUCAACAGAAAUCUCACGAACAUCUAAUGGACUUCGAGAUGCAUCACCGCAGGACUGAAUGGCAGAGGUCGUCAGCAGCAGGAAGAGGGGGCAAAGCCCAGCCACCAAUUGUUCCCUCUUCAGCGCACAUAACGAAUGACAACUAAGUCGUGUUAGCAUCAGUAUUGCCAUAAAGCCUGUCUUGCCUGUUGGUGGUCCUGCCACGAAGAAUUUCUGGCCCCGUUCGCGUUUACCCUUCUUUACGUCUGACUUAAAAUUUAGAUUUGGUAUGAAUUCUUUUGAUUGCUGUCUUGCUUAGGCUUGUUCACAUGGUUUUUGCGUCUUGAGAAACGACAGUUUAAAUUUUCGUGAAAUAAUUCAGCCAUAAUUUUAUUUUUCUGGCUUUGGUAUUUAUUAGAUCUGGUAUUUUUACGCCACACAGGCUUACAGAAUGUGGGCUAACUCAUGAAAUGUCAACCGAAAUUACGAGAUGUAUCUUAGUUUUGAAAUGGUCGAUUAAGUAUUGUUGUAAAACUAAUCACCUUCUAGCAUAAUUCUAUAACAAUCCAUUUACUUCAGGGUGGCUUCUUUCGAACCAACUUGUUUCCGACUACAUACAAGAACUAUUCUCUGUAAAAAUGACUACUUGAGUAGCAUGCACUUUUUGGAGGUCCUUAAGAGUUCAAUUAUAGUUCGUGAAAAAAUGCAUAAAAAUACUAAUUUCUUUAUCUUUUCCGUAGAAAAUAAUGUCUUCUUUCCAUUUUAUACUCGCAGGAGGAGCAUAAUUCGCUUUCAAAAAAGGUUCUAAUUGUAGGACUUGUAAAUAUCAUAAAAUCGCCGUUCAUAAAACGUCAUGUAUCUGCAUUUACCAGUGUGGCUUGUAAAUUUAACAAUAGUGCGCAAAUCCACUGCUUAAUUUUAUGGACCCCAUAUGAUCUUCUCUUAAUUACUGUAGAGAAAUAUAUAGUUUUCUGAAAAGGUAAAAUAUACAACUUGUAGUUUUGAAACCCUGAAAUGAAGUGUAACAGCAGGUCGGGUUCAAAAUUAUUUGGAAACUGAAAAAGUUAUUAAAAACUGAAUUUCAUUCUCUUUCGUGUAUAAAAUUUGAAAAACACGUGAUUGUAUACCGAACAGGUUGAACACCAAAUAUUUUCUGCAUGGUUUCUUUAAAAUAUAAUUGAAUUUUCAAGGGCGUCUAAAAUCAAUGAGAAAUUGGCAUGCUACAUAAGUAGUCAUUUUUUACAAAGUUUUGGUCUUGCAUGCAGUCGAAAACAUGUUCAAACGAAAGCUGGCACCCUGUGGAAACCGAAUCAUUGUAGAAUUGUGCAUCAUGAUGAUAAGUUUUACAACCUUGCUUAAUUAAUCUUUUCGGAACGAGAAUGCAUUUCGAAAUUUCAGUUGACAUUUCACGAGUUGGCCCACCUACUGUUGAUAAAAUUGCGCGCUGAUACCAGCUUGCCCGAAAAAAAGUAUGAUAAGGUUUAAAAUUGCAAAUGUCUAUGGCAAGGUUAAUAGAAGCAUGAGCCUCUGGAUGGGCUUGAUUCCGAUGAGUUGUUUUUUUCCUGUAUUAUUAAACAGAACCCGAACUACCCGAUCCACCGAAGCCAAGAACACGACCCUCCCCAAAACCGUCGCUGACGCGGUUUACUGACGAGCCUGCGAAACAGGCUUUUCACAGUCCGAUCCGUCCAAUGAAAUUACCCCUGCCCUCUGUGACUGAUGCGGAGGACCAGCAGCACCUCUUCGCUGGCGAUGAAAAGGAUUGCGUGACCCGCUCCGGAACUGUCGCACACAGGGACUCUCCCAGGGACUCUCGAGAGGCCAGAAGGACCCCCGCACCUCGUCGACCCAAGCCACCCCGAACCAACAACCUGGUCAGCACCAAGCUUGAGGACUCCACCAAAACUAACUGCGUCUCCUCCUCUUUAGUGCAGGAAUUUACAUUGGUAAUGCAUGACUUCUGUGAUCCUUUUUGUACUGAGGUUCAUAUGUGA